AUGGCCGAGUCGGCCGUUAAUGCCGUGCUUGGAAACUUGAGCCAUCUUGCGGUCCGGGAGAGCACAUUCUUGUGUGCAGUCACCCUUGAAGUGGGGCUCUUGAGAGAUGAGCUAAAGCGGCUGCAGGCCUACCUCAAAGACGCUGACAGCAAAUGGAGGUCAGGAAAUGUAAGAGUUGCUGUCUUGGUGAGCCAGAUCAGAGAUGUGGCGUAUGAGGCUCAGAAUGUCAUCGAAGCUGCAGAUUACAUGGAGAAGAGAAACAGGCUAAAGAGGGGUUUCAUGGGUGCCAUCUCAAGGUAUGCUCGUUUGCCGAGUGACUUGGUCACCCUUCAUAGUGUCGGUGCGAAAAUUCAGAGAGUAAAGAGGAAGCUUACUGAUAUUUUUGCAAGUGCGGCAAAUUUGGAAAUUCAUUUGGGUGACACUUCUGUGGUUGAGGAUGAGUUUCCAACGGAUUUCGGUCAUAUGCACCAAAACUCUGAUGAUGAUAUUUUCAUGGUUGGUUUUGAGGAUGAGCAUAAAGAAAUAGUGGACAAAUUAGUUGACAAUGAGGAAAUGCUUAGUGCUGUGUCCAUAGUUGCCAUGGGUGGAGCAGGGAAAACUACACUCGCAAGAAAAGUAUACACUUCAUCCAGAGUUAAAGAGCACUUCAACACAGUUGCUUGGGUGACUGUAUCUCAAACAUUCAAGGGCAUUGAGUUACUAAAGGAUAUUAUGAAACAAAUAAUAGAGGACAAAGAUGGCUGUGGAGAAAUUGAUAAAAUGGAUGAGUACCAGGUGGGAAAGAAGAUCCAUGAUCUUUUGUUGCAAAAAAGAUACCUAGUAGUUCUCGAUGAUGUCUGGAAGCCAAACACAUGGGAGCAAUUAAACAGAACAGUUAAAGCCUUUCCAGAUGCAACUAAUGGCAGUAGAGUACUGUUAACUACACAAAAAGAGGAUGUUGCAAAUCAUGUCCAGAUGCCAACCCAUGUUCAUCAUUUGAAGAAGUUGGAUGAAACGAGGAGUUGGGAAAUUUUUAGUAGCAUAUCUCUACCAUCAUAUAAAAGGUCUGUUAUAGAUGAUGUGAAUGAGUUUGAAAAACUUGGAAGAAAGCUUGCAGAGAAAUGUGAUGGAUUGCCACUUGCACUUGCAAUAUUGGGUGGUUAUCUGGCGAAGAAUCUAAAUAUAGAAGCAUGGUCAUAUGUACUAUUGGGGUGGGCGUCAAUUGAGGAUUCAAAGAUGAUGCGAGACAUACUAGCUCGCAGUUACAAAGACCUAUCAAGUCAUUAUCUAAGAUCCUGUUUUCUCUAUCUUGCUGCUUUUCCCGAGGAUUUUGUAAUAUCCGUGUCAGAUCUUAUUGAUUUAUGGAUAGCAGAAGGCCUUAUUCCCCAUAUACCAAACCAUAAACCAGAAGAAAUAGCACGCAUGUAUGUAACCGAGUUGGCUCAAAGAAGUCUUGUCCAAGUUGUUGGCAGAAGCAAGGGACACAGAUGGAUUCAGAGAAUACAGCUUCAUGAUAUCUUACGUGAGUGGUGCAUAGAAGAAGCAAGACAAGAUGGUUUUCUUGAUGUCAACACUGAAAUUACAGGCCAAGCUAGUGCAUCAACUUCUAAUACCCAGAAAUUCUAUCGCUCUUCCCUUCAAAACUCCAGUGAUCUGUUUUUACAGACGCUUGAUCUCCGAACUCUCUUUGGCUUUCAAAUUUCAUCGAUACCCAAGAUGAGUUUUCUGAGAGUUCUUCACAUUGAAAGUUCAAGCUUAAGUGGUAUAUGUAGGGUUAUCGAUCUGUGCAUUAACCUUAGAUACCUUAGGUUGAGAAAUUGUUCCCAUUUGAAGCUCACUUCUUCAAUAACAAAACUCAUCUAUCUUCAGACUAUUGAUCUGAGAGGCACAACCACAAAGUCAUCCAUGCCAAAAUCCUUUUGGCAUAUCCCUACUCUAAGGCAUGUUUACCUUAAUGAAGAAUUUUCGCCACCUGCAAGGAAUGUGCGACCAAAUGAUUUCCAGACCUUAUUCAUAGAACUUUGCAGUAAUCGCAUGAUUAAGUUCUUGGGCCAAAUGACUAAACUAACAACCUUAUCCUUGGUACGGACCCAUGAUUUUAAGGGCCUUUUGUGUAUAUUUGGAAGCAUGCCUCACCUAGUUGAUGUUUCCAUCGGUAAUUUCCAAGAUUAUGGGAUGCAUUUCUGUAGUACAAUCAUGAAAGAAGACCCGAUGCCGAUCCUGGAGAAGCUUCCAUGUCUUGUGGUGUUGAAGCUAGAGGGCUAUGUAGGUGAAACCAUGUCCUGCUCUGCCCAAGGAUUUCCUCGAUUGCAAGAGUUAGAACUUAAACAGUUUUCUUGCACUGAGUGGAGCAUGGAGGAUGGAACAAUGACAAAGCUCUCUUACCUGAAGUUUGUUAUGUUUAACAAGAUGAGCCACCUCCCAGAGGGGUUGUUACGCCUACCGUCCCUCAAGUGCCUAGACAUGAUCUAUGUGCCCUCGAUCUCUGGAGAUGACAGCACACUGGUGACACUGCAACAGAAAGGGUGCCAGGUGGAUAUGCAGAAAACAGAACUAAUUAUCACUAUUCCAAGUUUAGUGGUAUCUUCGCCUUCUCAUUAUGCGAGAGGUACAAAUAUCUAA